GGGCGUUCACUCUGCCUCGGGCUCUCGCUCAUACAUGACUUCACCAUUAACGUUACACAAGUUGGGAAACUUCAUAUCUGGACAUUUUCAGACGCAGACGGCCGGCAAAGAUGACGGAAAGCUCCGCGAACAAGCUGCUAAACGGAGACGCCUGUCACCGGACCUCAAACGAUAAGAAAUCGAGCAAAAAUGGCUUCGUGAAGAACCACUGCCUGUUCCAACAGCCGCAGAAGUACCGUCGCCCCCGGGAGCGGAACCAGAAUGUGUGUCUCAACUCCAGCCUGUACCAGAAGCCCUUUGAUGAGUCCUUCGAGGAGACCCCCCUGCUGGUGGCCGUGCUCACCUACAUGGGCUACGGCAUCCUCACCGUGUUCGGCUACCUCCGAGACUUCCUCCGCCACUGGAACAUCGAGAAGUGCCACGUGGCUCGAGAGAAGGAGGAGCAGAAGGAUUUCGUCCCCCUCUAUCAAGACUUUGAGAACUUUUACACCAGGAACUUGUACAUGAGGAUUCGAGACAACUGGAACCGACCCAUCUGCAGCGUCCCCGGCGCGAUGAUAGACCUGGUGGAGAACGUCUCCCACGACUUCAACAGGACCUUUGAGCACACGGGCAGAGUGGUGAAGGGCGUCAUCAACAUGGGCUCCUAUAACUACCUGGGCUUCGCCGAGAACAACGGGGCGUGUGCCGACGCCGCCGUCGAGGUCACGGAGAAGUACGGCGUGGGAGUGACGAGCACGCGCUGUGAGAUGGGGAAUCUGGACAUUCACGAGGAGCUGGAGCGCCUGGUGGCCCGGUUCCUGGGCGUGGAGGCGUCCAUGGUGUUCGGAAUGGGCUUUGCAACCAACUCCAUGAACAUUCCUGCUCUCACCGGGAAGGGGUGUCUCAUCGUGAGUGACGAGCUGAACCACGCCUCCCUGGUGCUGGGGGCCCGCCUGGCCGGAUCCGCCAUCAGGGUCUUCAAACACAACAACAUGCAGAGCCUGGAGAAGCUGCUGAGGGACGCCAUCGCUCACGGGCAGCCGAGGACUCACCGGCCCUGGAAGAAGAUCCUCAUCAUGGUGGAGGGAAUCUACAGCAUGGAGGGCUCCAUCGUGCGCCUGCCAGAGGUCGUGGCUCUGAAGAAGCGCUACAAGGCGUACCUGUACAUGGACGAGGCCCACAGCAUCGGGGCCCUGGGGCCCAACGGCAGGGGAGUGGUGGACUACUUCGGCCUGGACCCCAGAGACGUGGACGUCAUGAUGGGGACCUUCACCAAGAGCUUCGGGGCAGCAGGAGGAUACAUCGGAGGCAAAAAGGAGCUGAUCGACUACCUGCGGCACUACUCGCACAGCGCCCUGUACGCUGACUCCAUGUCCCCCCCGGUGGUGCAGCAGAUCAUCAGCUCCAUGAAGAGCAUCAUGGGAGAGGACGGGACCACCAUGGGUAGGUGCCAUGACGUCACGGGGGCCUGAAGGGGGCGGGGCUUCAUCUCUUGCAUCGGGUACCAAGACGUGCAGAAGCCUGUGACGAUGAAGACGUGUCCAUUCGAUCUGAUGGAGUCUGAUUUUACAUUUGAGCUGCACAGUUCCAUCGGUGACCAGCAGGUGUCAGUGUAGGCUCGAUGUUCAGACGGCUGCUGCUUCAUGCUGAGGUCAUGCUCUAUGGACCCAGACCAGAUGGAUGUCCACACCACGUUAAGAAUGAGUGUUCUUUUAAAUGCUUCGUAUUGUCCAAUACUUUGAGUUGUUCUUCACUCCCCCGUGUGGCCGUGAUGGGUCCUGCAGUUGUGUCUCCCGCCUGGUUCUGACCGUCUCUGCCGUCCGGCUUGUGGACAUCAGCGUCCCGCCGCGCUGACGCCGUUGACUCUUCUCCCCUCUCGGCCUUCGUGGCGUUCCGAUGUGAGUUCAGAGUGUGUCCUCGGCCCCCGCGCAGCGUGGUGCC